AUGGCUGCUGUGUUUUUUAAGUACACAACUGAUAAGGCGAAAUUUCCAACUAGAGAUCAAACCUUUGGCUACAAAAAGAGGUCAGUGGAAGCUUUUUUGACAAGCAAUGGUUGGUAUUCAGUUAGCAACCAAGUGUUUCAUUCCGGUCCUUCGUACGGCACGGCUAAAGAGCAGAUGUUAUCACAAGCUAAAGCACUGCGAGACAUUGAAGAGCUCGUUAAAUGGAGACCCUCAUUAAGGGAAUUCUUCAAAGAUACUUUAAUAAUAGUGGGUCAAGUUUACGACAUUGAUUCCUUGUUGAAAACUUCCGAUGUGGAUAAAAAACCCACCAAAAAAGAGAAAAAAGGCAAACAAGCGGUAAAGCUCGAUUUUGAAUCUAGGGAGGAAUGCUCCGUCAAGGAAAACCCCGUUUCUCUCAACGACGACUCAAAAUCUGAAUUGAAAAGCGCUAACGAGACAACCAAACCCGUAAAAUUCGGUCAUUCGGGCGUGACAAGCCCAGAAAGCCUGCAACUCAAGAAUGCCCCUCGUCCUUCCCGAAAUCGCCGAAUGGGAUCUGCCUCUAAGGUGACGAGCCGACCAAUUGUAAAUUAUCCUAAAGCACCCGUCAAAACAGCCAAGAAUAAAGCAACCACAAGUAUGUUGAUUUCUGGUCGUUGUUCAAGCGACAUCAACUCAAACCUUUUGACUGCCCUUGAAUGCGGAGCAGAACUGGUCUAUGACGAAGACGACAUGACCCCGUUGUAUCUCCCGUGUUUGGAAGAUGAAGAAGAGGAAGAACGGUUGGUUGAAGAGGGGCAGCCGUGUAGGUGCCGAGAGUAUGGCAGCUUUCAUGUGGAGACUUUCGUCAAGAUGGAUAGUUGUGUGAGAAAACUCUGUUGCACAAAUGUAAAUGUGGACCCAUCAGAGCGAGUUGUGGUCUGA